AUGGUCUCUUCUCUGUAUCCAACCCCUUCAUCUCUUGCCACUAACAUUUUUUCUCUUCAAACUUCUAAAUCUUUACGUCUCGCCAUACAAACUCAUACAAAUCCAAAACAUUCCAGUGUCAAUUAUGUCUUCCAACUCCCUUCCACCAAUAAAUAUUGCCUUAUCACCACAAAGGCUACUAAUGGCAAUGGUGUUGGUGGUAACCAACAGAAUACAAAGCCUAAUAGUGUGAUUUGUGCUGAUUGUGAUGGAGAUGGAGCUGUUGUAUGCUCUCAAUGCAAAGGUGAUGGAGUGAACUCUGUUGAUUUUUUCAAUGGACUCUUCAAAGCUGGUGCCUCCUGCUGGCUUUGUGGAGGAAGAAAGGAAAUUUUAUGUGGGAGCUGCAAUGGUGCUGGUUUUAUUGGUGGCUUCUUGAGCACUUAUGAUCAGUAA